UUAUGUGUUUGGUUCCCGUAAAAUAAGAAAGUCAAUGGAUUUAGUUUUACGGUCAACGUAAAACUCCUUCCUUUCUCCCGUAAAAUGACUUACCGUCUGGAAAAGGGUAAGUCAUUUUCCUUCCUUUUAUUUCCCUCGCUCCACACCGAAUUUAGAUCGAUCCAGUGGCCUUCUUCCCCUUUUUCCCUCUUUGUUUUCUAUCUCUCAUCUUAUCGAGUCCCCGACUCAUUGGCGGAGAAGCUGAAAGAGCAGCUCAAGGAGCUGGGAUCCAAGUUGAAAUCUCCUCCAUCCGCGAAGGACGCCAUUCUCAAGCUGUUAAAGGCAAUCAUUCUUCAACUUUAUUACUUCUCCACUGAACUUUAGAUUGCUUAGCUAAAGUUCGUUCCUAAUUGGUUGAAUUAGGGUUGUUCCCAUAAUUCACAAAGUUUCUCCUAAUCAUGGUUCUUCUACAGCCAGACCCUUUCUUAAUGAACUUACGAGCAUGUUUGAGCGAAGCACUAAGACCGGCUUUGUUUGGGUUACUCUUAAACGAUCAAGCUGCUACAUGUCUCUCUAAGAUUGACCAGUCUCCACCAUCAUCAAUAGUGGAAUCAAUGCAGCCUCUUCUUAAUGCAAUAUUCAAGCCAGAACUGCUGAAUCAUCAAGAUCGGGGAGCCAAACUUCGAGUUGCAACCAGUAUUUGUGAGAUAACUCGGAUAAUUGCGCCUGAAGCGCCUUAUAGUGAUGAUAUUCUAAAGGAUAUUUUUAGCUUGAUUGUUGGAACUUUCAAUGGAUUGAGCGAUACUAGUAGUCCAUCAUUUGGAAGGAGAGUUGUAAUUUUGGAUACUCUUGCAAAAUAUAGAUCCUGUGUUGUGAUGAUUUGGUUAAUGAAAUGUUCAAGGUGA